AUGGCGGCGCCGCACGCAACGGUGGAGGAGUUCAAUGACGACACAGACGUGCGUAGCGCGCCGCACGAUGUACUUACGCAGUUCGACUUGCCGGGCAUGUCUGCGCAAAAUGCAGGCAACGUGCCGAGCAUGGAUAUGAUGCAGGAGAUGAUGGCGCAGAUGACUGGCGGCGGCGCGAGCAGCGGCAGUGCGCCGCGCCAUGCCGCGCCGAACGUGGCAGACGAUGGCGAAGAGGACGGCCCGCACAAGCACUGGACGUGCGUGUACCCCAUUUAUCUCGACGCAAAGCAGCGCUACCGCAAGGGGUGCCGCCGCGUUGCCUACGAAAAAGCGGUGCUCCACCCCAACAGUCAGUAUAUCUCGAAUGCGGCCAAGCAGCUGCGGCUCGAGUACAUGCACGAGCCCUAUCGCACGCAUCCCCGGGACUGGGCAAAUCCGGGGCGUGUCAAGAUCAAGCUGCACAAGGACGACGGCAGCCUCGUGCGUUCUGACCUCCCUACGAAACAAAAGCUGCUGGAAGCGCUCGCGACGACGCUGCAGCCUGUUGCCGGCGGCAAGCCGCCGCCGCUGCCGGUGGUGAAGCAGCCCAAGAGCAAGCGCGGCGCGCCGGCGCGGGCGCGCAACCCGAUGCGCGAGCGUGAGCGUGUGAUCCGGCGCAUUGCGGUGGACGAGAUCUAUCCGCCGCACUCGCCGGCAGUGCCGGCCGGGAUGCUGGGCAUGGACCUGUCCAAGAUGGCCGGCGCGGCGGGUGCGCUGCAAAACAUGGGUCCUCUGGGGAGCAUGAUGAGUAGCAUGGGCCUCGGUGGCGACGAUGACGAGGAGGAGGAGGAGGAAGAAAAGCCUGCCGCGCCUCAGCAGCCCGCGCUCGGCCGCCGCCAGCGCAAGCGCGUCUGGGUGUCACACCUGUGGACGUCCUACAACUGCAACGAGCAGGGCCACGUCUCGUCUGACUGCCCGCAGGAGACGAUGCCCAAGGCCUGCUUCCGCUGCAACAGCACCGAGCACCUGUCGCGCGACUGCCCGACGCAGCCCGCCGAGAGCGCGCAGAGCGGCCAGGAGUGCUACCGCUGCGGUGAGGUCGGCCACAUGGCGCGUGCCUGCCCCAAGAACCCCACUGGUGCGCGCGGCAACAGCCGCGGCUGCUACAACUGUGGCGGUGCCGGCCACAUUAGCCGCGAGUGCCCGUCGGCCUCGGGUGCGAUGGGCGCCGGCGCCGGCGCCGGCGGCGACGGCCCCAAGUGCUACAACUGUGGCCAGUUCGGCCACAUGUCGCGCAACUGCUCGCAGCCGCCCCAGCGCUCGUGCUACUCGUGUGGCUCGGGCGACCACCUGGCGGCUUCGUGCCCUCAGCAGACCGCCUAA